AGAUAUAAUAAUAAUAUACUUAACGGUUGGAUCUAGUUUGCUCAACUGGUUGACUGAACGGAACUUUGACAAGAUAAAGGAUGAGAUCGUCCAGACCAUUAUAAGAGCGUCCCCCUCUGCUUUCGUUAUCAAGGUGCGUGGCCUUUUUUUAAUAUAUAUUUGUACAUCUCCAUGCAACAUAUAAUUCCUGAGUUUUUUUUGUUUCUUUUGUAUCUAAAUAUCUAAUGCUUUAGUACACAUAUGAUAUGUGUGCAGUCUCUAGUGUGUUUCAUUUUAGAUAUGGCGAUGGUGGACAGUACUGCCAAUGUCUUAUUCGCUCGUCUAUCAGUCCAUCUUUUUCAAUCCCUUCCCCCUUUCCCAUCAGCUGACCGUCACGGCGAGAUUACCACUUUCGAGAGGCUCUUCUUGUGUAAAUGCCGAAUGGAGCUUGAACACUCAUCUCCUGAAACUGAUAGGCAUGCACCACUUGUUUACGUUGACGAAUCUGACUGUUGGAGAUUUAUCAAGACCGUGCGUCUCUUGGCUGAAAUCUUCAAGAAUAGGAUGCUCUCCCAAACUACUCGCCAAAGUAUUAUUCAGGUGCUCAUGAAUCCCAUCUUCCCACCUGAGAGGAACACCGAUUCAAUGAAUUGUUUUCUGUCCUUUGUUGGAGUUCUAGCUGACUUUAAAUUUUGUGAUGAAAAUUUCAAGCAGCUAGUGCAAAAUUCACGGGCUGUAGAGCUGGAGAGCAGUUACAAUGAACAAGUCACGCUUAGGAAGGAAGCAGAAGAUGCACUUGCUAGAAAUGAAGGAGAACUAGAUUUGAUGAAACGGCUACUCGAAUCUUACAAGGAAGACAAAUGUAAAUUGCAUUUACAUGCUCAAGGUUUGGAGCAAGAGUACCAAAAUGAGUCAAAGCUUCGGAAAGAAACAGAAUGUGCGCUUGCAAUAGAAAGGGAGAGCAUUGCCAAGGUAAGGCUUCGACUGGAAACUCUGGAGAACGAGCACAAUAACUUGCGGUUGAAAGCUGAGGAGCUCGAGAGCAACUACACGGACGAGCUGAUUCUCAGGAAAGAAUCAGAAGUUUCACUUGAUAAAGAAAGGAAUGAGUUGGAGGCGAUGACGCAAGUGUUUGAAACUUGUAAGAUAGAACAAGAGAACCUGACCUCGCAGGUCAGAACUUGGCUGGACAAAUACGACCAAGAGUUGAGCGUUAGGAAAGAAACGGAGGAUUCUCUUUCUAGACAAAAAGAAGAGCUUGAGAUAGUCAAAGGACUACUAGAAGCAUACAACCAAGAAGCAGAUGCAAUGCGAGAAGAGAGGGAUAGUGCUCUCCAAACAGUACAAGAGCUCACAAGAAAGCAUUUGGAAGAGCGUCAACCACCGCCCUCGUUUUACUGCCCUAUCACACAAGAGGUGAUGAAAGAUCCACACUUUGCUGCGGAUGGAUUUACAUACGAAGCAGAAGCUAUAAAGAAAUGGUUUAGCACAGGUCACGAAACGUCACCCAUGACAAAUCUCCAGCUUCCUCAUCGCAACCUUGUCCCAAACCGCGCUCUCCGGUCUGCUAUUCAAGAUUUGAUUUGAGUUGCUUUUCAUUCCGGUUUACUAUAAAACUGAAAUUUUGUUUCUCUCUAUUUUGCCAUCUGGUUUUUUGGUACUCUACUAUUUUAGUUUUUCCAUAAACCAUAAAUAUGGCAACUUUUCUCUCCUAAUUCCCAAGACAGUAUUUUUGUCUUUAAAACGAGAAAAGAUAAGACAAGGCAAAAGCUCCAAAUAGAAACUCUUAAAACUGAACAUGAUAGCAUGCGU